ACAAAAUUUUAAAUUUGUCAUAACAUGGAACUUCAAAGAAUGGACUAUUUCCAAGUAUUGAGCCAAAGCUCAUCACCAUCACAUAAAAGCAGAGGAAGAUAUUGGAAAUGAAAAUGAAGCCCAGUUGAAGAAUUUGACCAAAAUACUUUCUUUUAGGAGAGAACCAAUAUUUAUCAUUGAGGAAAGCUUGUAGCUUCAUACAGUAAACAUAGUCACUGCUUCUAAACAGCCCAUCUGGGCUUUGGAGGCUACAAUGUAAUAUAGAAAUGGCUCUCAGAAAACUACUACCUGCGGCAGCUCUUUCCCAUCCCAUCCAGCCAAUGAUUCGGAACUCCCUCCAGAACUCCACCGCCCAAUUAAGCAAACCCUUUUUGCCCAUAGAGCCAUCCAUUUUAACCACAAAUCUUAUCAAGUCUUGUUUUCAAAUGGGUUUAAUCGAAGAGGCGCGUACUAUGUUCGACGAAAUGAGUGAGAGAGACGUGGUUGCAUGGACUGCCAUGGUUGAAGGGUACACUUCUUGCAACCACCACAGCCUUUCAUUGGUUGUGUUCUGUGAGAUGGUGAGGAAUGAAGUGGUCCCCAAUGCAUUUACUUUCUCUAGUGUUCUUAAGGCUUGUAAGGGCAUGAAAUCUCUUUCAUGUGGGGCAUUAGUUCAUGGGUUGGUUAUCAAGCAUGGUGUGGACGGUUCCAUUUACGUGGAUAAUGCCCUCAUGGACGUUUAUGCUACCACUUGUGCUACCAUGGACGAUGCGUGCAUGGUUUUUCAGGAUAUCCAUGCAAAAAAUGCUGUUUCGUGGACUACUUUGAUCACUGGCUUCACCCAUAGAGGCGAUGGCUAUCGUGGGCUUCGAGUUUUUCAGCAAAUGUUACUGGAGGAAGCAGAAGUGACCCCAUUUAGCUUUUCAAUUGCAGUUAGAGCUUGUGCCUCAACUGGCUUGCAAGCUACUGGAAAGCAAAUUCAUGCAGCAGUUGUCAAAUGUGGGUUUCAGUGUAACCUUCCUGUAACGAAUUCCCUACUGGACAUGUAUUGCAGAUUUGGUUGUUUGAUGGAGGCAAAUCAAUACUUCUGUGAAAUGACUCAAAAAGACUUGAUCACUUGGAACACCCUAAUAGCUGGAUAUGAGAGAAUGGAAUCUAGUAGGUGUCUCCACAUAUUUUCAAAAAUGGAGUCAGAAGGCUUUAGUCCAAAUUGCUUCACAUUUACCAGUUUGAUAGCUGCCUGUGCUAACUUAGCACUUUUGGCCUGUGGACAACAGGUUCAUGGUGGGAGUGUAAGGAGAGGCCUUAACCGAAACGUGGAAUUGGCCAAUGCUCUUAUUGAUAUGUAUGCCAAGAGUGGAAAUAUAGCUGACUCUUACAAAAUUUUUAUUGAAAUGUCACAUAAAAGUUUGGAAUCUUGGACUUCCAUGAUGAUUGGCUAUGGUGCCCAUGGCUAUGGAAAAGAGGCCAUUGAAUUGUUUAAUGAAAUGGUGAGAUCAGGUAUUAGACCUGAUCAAGUAGUUUUUAUGGGAGUUCUGAGUGCUUGCAGCCAUGCUGGCCUUGUUGAUGAAGGCUUGAGUUAUUUUGAAUCUAUGCUGGUUAAGUAUAAUGUUAUUCCUGACCAGGAGAUUUAUAUGUGUGUAGUAGAUUUGCUCGGUCGAGCUGGGAGAGUUGAGGAAGCAUAUAAAUUGAUAGAGAGUAUGCCAUUUAAGCCUGAUGAGUCUGUUUGGAAUACACUUCUUGGAUCUUGCAAAGCACAUAAGCUUCCACACUUGGGCAAACUGGCUGGUAAAAGGGUGUUGGAUUUGAGGCCAAAUACUGUGGAAACUUAUCUGAUGCUGUCAAACAUUUAUGCAACUGAAGGUAAGUGGGGUGAAUUUGCAAAUAUGAGGAAGUUGAUGAAAGGUAUGGGGAAUAAGAAAGAGGUAGGAAGAAGUUGGAUUGAGGUAAGAAACCAGGUUUAUAGUUUUGUUGUUGGAGAUGAGAUGGGUUCUCAUACAGCGUGGGUGUAUGCUGUUUUGGAACUUCUUAUUCAGCAUAUAAAAGAGGCAGGGUACGUACCUGAUUUAGAUUGUUUAAUUCAUGACCAACAAGAUGGAACUUGAAGAGAAGCCAAUGCCAUAUGAUAUAAAGUGAAAGGUUUCUUGGAAAGUCAUCUUGUUGUCUCUAAUGUCAUGCAAACACCAGAAGUUGGACAACUAGAAAGAGAAGAGGAAAAAUUCAUUUUUGAGGGCCUUUUUGACAAGUCGUGUAAUUUUCGUGCUUAUUUAAAGAGAUACUAAAGGAAAAAUGAAGUGGAGAAAACAUGCAUUUUUUUUCCAUGUAGCAUAUCAUUUCCCGAGAAUGGUUAACCACGUUAGAUUUGGAGCCAUUAUGGGGAUAAAACAAAAUAUGGGGAAAGAAAAUUGAAGGGUAAGAUCCCACCCUGCAGAGGCAUUAUUUGUAUAUUUAAAAAUUCAUUUGGAAACCUUAAUCUAUUAACCCAGUGAGAAUAUAAGAUGAAACAGGUUUUACUUGAUUGACUGCU